CACAGACAUGCACACACAUAGAUACACACACACAUCACACACACACGCUGUGACGCAGGCCACGUCGUCGCCCCGCCCCUCGGUCUCCAUGGUAACGCGCUGAGGAGAGAGCAUCUCCUGCAUAUCAGACCUCAGAUCCGCAUCCACAUCUCCGCUCCACGUCUCCCCGGAUCCGGUUCUGAUUCGGUCCAUCGGUCCUCACGGCCAGGAUGAAGUUCGUCAUCGUGCUCGUGAGCGCGGGCACGCUGGCCUUCCUCGGCGCGGUCAUCUGCAUCGUCGCGAGCGUUUAUCCCCGGGAGCGGGCCGCGCCUCGCGGGGACAACGGCACGCUGCUGGAGCCCGCGACGGAGUCCGGCUCGGUGGCGCGCGCCGGGCCGCUGGGCGCGCGCCACGGGGCCGAGUCCUACGACGGGGACAACGGACUCGGCGAGGUCCCCCCUCGGAACCAGCUGCACCUCGGGGAGGAGACCGGCUCCGCGAAGACGUUCAGCUUCAGCCGGUUGAUCUGCACCCCGGUGCCGGUGGGGGACUGCACCAGCAAAGCCCUGAGGCCGCAGGCCGACGACCCGCUGUACGGACACACCGGGGACGAGGACUGGACCUACCUGCGGACCACCGCGGAGCAGCUCCGGCAGAUGGUCCUGCAGCAGAACGACCAGAUCCUCAUGGACCAGAGGACCAUCCGGGAACUCUCCGGGAAGCUCAGCGAGUGCGAGAGCGGCCUGGAGGACGAGCGCAGCGUCCCGGAGCGCAGCGUCGGCGUCUGGAGCGGCGGCCGCCGCGUCAUGGCCGGGGAUGACGUCAGCGCCUCCGCGGCCGCGCAGCUGCAGACCGCGCGGGCCGUGGAGGAGCUGGCCCGGGCCAUCAUGGACCUGAAGGACCGCAUCGAGAAGCUGGAGAAGGAGAUCGGUCCGGCCUCCUUGAACCUCACCGACUCGUCCUCCGGCAGUCUGACCGGUAACAUCGGCCGAGUUCCGGCUCCGCCCACAAGCGGUGGCUCCUCCCACCCCCUGGGGGGGCGCCGCCCCGCCGCCCCGGCCCCCCGGCCCCAACCCAAGGGCCCCGGCGGGCGGGGGAAGGGCCCCUGGAGCGUGGAGGACCUGGAGGGGCAGCUGGAGAGGAAGAUCAAGCUCCUGAAGGAGGAGCGUCUGACCAUGAAGACGGAGACGCAGGACCAGGACCAGGACCAGGACCAGGACCAGGACCAGGACCAGCAGACCAACCAGGGCCUCGGCACCACGAAGCACCGAGUCACGGAGCUGGAGCACAGCCUGCCUCCUGUCUCCUGCCUCCCGCCUGCCGUGCUGUCCUUCCCCGUGAGGACCAACUACAUGUACGGGCUGGUGCGGCGCGAGCUGACGGAGAUGUACGCCUUCACGGUGUGUGUGUGGCUGAGGGCCCGCGAGGCCGGCAUCGGGACCCCCUUCUCCUACUCGGUCCCCGGCCAGCCCAACGAGCUGGUGCUGCUGCAGGGGGUCCACACGCCGGUGGAGCUGCUCAUCAACGACAAGGUGGCGCAGCUGCCUCUGUCCAUCCCACAGGACCAGUGGCAGCACAUCUGUGUGAGCUGGACCCUGAGGGACGGGGUCUGGAAGGCCUACCAGGGGGGCAAGAUGAAGGGCCGGGGGGAGGGGCUAGCCGCCUGGCACCCAAUCAAACCCGGAGGAGUCCUCAUCCUGGGACAGGAACAGGACACCCUGGGGGGGCAUUUCGACGCCUCCCAGGCGCUGGUGGGGGAACUCUCCCAGUUCAACCUGUGGGACCGCGUGCUGAAGCCGGCCGAGGUCGCCGCUCUGGCCGACUGCGGCUCCUCGGCGCUGGGCAACAUCGCGCCCUGGACCGACCGCGACGUGGACGUGUUUGGAGGCGCCACCAAGGAGUCCCUGGACCCAUGCAGCGCCGCGCAGAGAGCCGGGCCCGCCGGCCCCCGACAGUGA